AGGCUGAGUCAACCUUGAGCCGGUGAGAUUUGAACCGCUGACCUGCUGAACACAGUCAGCUAAAGUGGCCUGCAGUACUCUAAUUGCUGCGCCACCUCGGCUCUUACCAGUAAAAAGGUUUUUUUGCAUAUUAGGUUCUUGCAACCACAUAAUAGUGGACACUCUGUUUAUUUUUGAAUAAACAAUCUAAUUAUAUAAUUCCAGCUGUUGGAAAAUCUGUGCUGCAAGUUACUGCACGUUCUUGGUGAAUAACAAAACUUGCCAUCACUUGGUUGCAAUACCAGGGCAUAAAUACAAUAUACUGUAACCUUAAAAAAACUUAUUAGUGGAAGUGCUAAGUCACCUUUCAACAUUUUUUUAAAAAACAUAUCUGCAAAUACAGCUUCUGAGUAGCUUUCUGAAGUCAUGUAUUGGACUAUGCUUACCCAUGACAGUUUGUUUAUGACAGAUGCCGGGGUAGAGCUGUUCUCCCCAAAAAGGCUUCUGUUUUUUUGGGUGCAGGUAUAGAAAAUUUGAUUUGAUAAUAGCAGCCUUCCAAAGAACCAACAUUAUUUUUAAAAGGUGUGGUUUCAAUACUGAGACCACUCACUAAAACAAAUCCUUCACAUAUUUGACUGAAUGGUUUUUAAACCAUGGAAUCUUAGCUGCCUUUAAAGUGAUGCUGGUUUAGUUUUUGAUGGAAGAGACCAGCAUGGCUUCUCUUAAGUUGGGUGUAUAUGGCUCCUAUAAUAGCUAUUAAAAAAAAAGAGAGAGAUUAAGAGCUUCCCUCGAAUUCUGCUUCUUGAGCUGUUCAAGCCACAGCACAUCUUUUUUUUUUUAAAAAAAAAAAAAAAAACCCUACAAAAUUUGUAAAGUUUUGUUUAGAUUCCAGGAAAGCCAGCUUUGGAAAUCUAGAAAGCUACAAGGUUUAUCUAAUCUAGAUAAAUCUACAAGUCCCUCCUCACCUCCCCAUAGUCUCUUUCUCCUUGGCAGAGGAUCGCUGUGUUGUUUAUAUCCCCUCCACCUUGAAGGAGUGGAUCCUGUAUAAACUGAGGUUGGAGUACCCUCUUUUCAAACCAAAGUCUUUAAUGACUCCUGUUAUGAAACGGAAGGAAGACUAUCUGUGUCUCUGAAUGUUUAUCCUAGCAAAAACAUACUCUCUAGGGUAGUAAAUUAAUCCUAAAAUCUGUUAUGUGGUAUGACUUUUUUCUCUAGGCCAUUUUUUUGCCUGCCUGAAUUUCCAGUAAGUGACUUAAUGGCCUGUACAAGUGAAUCUUGUAUUCUCCUCCUUUCCUACUACAAUUCAUUGAUGAGUCUUUGCUUUGUUGCGUUUUAUUUUCCUCUUCAGAGUAGUAUCGUAGCAAUCUUUGUAAUGGUCCUGUAGAGAAGGUUAAACUGAGGUUUAGUGACUGUUUUAAAAUUCUCCAGGGAGCUUCUUGUUUGACAAAGUAGAAUCUUUGUUUCUGAAUUCCUAAUACUCUAAUUCACUUAGUGCAGUAAUGCUGCUUUUAGCGUGAUGGAAGUUGUGGCAUGUAUUGGCUACAUUUGUAUGGCUUCUGGCAAAAAAAACCCUUGGUUUUCAUUGAUUUGUAGAUAGAUGUUCCAGCUGUUUAGUUUAAUAGUAUUAGUAGUUUCAUGGAAACGCAUUUUAUUACCACAAAAUGGUACAGCGUUUAGAUAAUGGUUUCGGUGAUGCUGUUAUGCUUGGGACUCCUGCUAUUUAAAGCCAAAACUGACAGGUGAUUCUUUGAUUUUAAUUUCAUUGUUUUGGAAGAUCGAAGUGUUUCUAUUGGCAUUUUAGGGGGGGGGGAGGAGAAUGGAAAGCCAAAGAGACUGAAAUGGCGUUGUUGUUAGCACAAUUCUCCUAGAGUAGUGCAACGAGAGUCUGAAGGCUUUGGUUUGAAAAGAGUAGAGUGUGGCAUAUUGUAAGAGCUUGCUUCUUCCAUUUUUGCUUUACACAAGCUUUGUAAGUUUACAAGAUCCCAAUUCCCAACCCAAAGCCUACUGGGAACUACGAAACUCACUAAUAAUGAUUUUUUGGCAAACAUUUAACAUGAAUUUUCUUUAAACGUUCAGAACAAAAAUGUAUUGCUGAUAGCACAUGGCAUAUGUCUUGCACGUGGCAACAUUUUGUUACUUCCUGGAAUUAAAUUAAAAUGUAAAUUAAACAUUGAUUUGACAAUUCAGCUUCAUGGUCAUCAGUCAAAAGAGUAGCAUAUAUCAGCCAGUGCUCUUCCACAAUUUCUGAGAACUGAAAACUGUAAAAAUGGUAGGAGCAAGCUAUGCAUAUGCUCACGAUCUUUUAUUAAUUUACAUUUGUAAAUUAAGGAGGUUUGAUAGAUGUAGUCACUAUACAGAAAACUGGCUCUAAAUUAUUUAUUGAUAAUCUUUCAGCGGGGGUUUUGUUUUUUAUCUCGCUCUCUCUGGAAUUGUUUGUUUUUGAGGAAGCAAAAUGGCAUUGAGAUAAUUACACCUUAGAAGAAAAUGCCUUUUUAUUCAUAAGUCUGGUUUUUUUUAAAUAAUAAUAAUAAAGUCAAUUACUUAAUUAGUUUUCAUCUGAUGAGCCCUUUAACCAAACUUCAUAUUCCACUUUCCUCUCAGAAUGGUGGAAUGGACCCAGUUGCUCCCUUCUGCUCGUGUUUCCCAGCCACAAAGAAAAACAUUUUAGGUCUUAGCCUAAUCCUCUUUUAAUUACCGGCCUUUCGCAGAUUAUGCAGAAAAAAUUACUAGCCCACACAGAUGCUUAAGCAGCUUACAAACCGCAACAAUUACAAAUAUAUUUUGUAUAUAUAAUAGUGACCCAAUGAAAUAAACACCCAACAUAAAACGAUGGAUUGUAGUUCAGGGGAUCGGCGAGCGUUUCCUGCAGAGAACCUCCUUAAAUUGCACCAAUGUUACUGUUCCUAUGUAUGUGUGUGUGUCUCUCUAUCACAUAACCCAGGACUUCUUUCCUCAGCCGCAUAGCUAGGGGCCGAGCCUAGCCAUGAUUUUACCUCCAAUGGAUCCAAGUUUCUUUGGUGAAGAUUCCUUCUGAGAAUUCGAGACUAGCAGAAAGGAGCGCGGAAUUGCCCACCGUUUGGUUCUUACGGAUAGGUAUUUAUGUACUUGGGUUUGUGUAAAUGUAAGUAAUUUGCCUUUGCAGACAAAGAAAAAAAAAGCCCCCUCUGUGCUAGCCGUUACUUACAUAUAUUGGCUAGGCUCGUUAAGUGGUUGAACCACAAACGGUAAGGACGCAAAGCAGCUGGUUCCUCUUUAGCCGGUUAGAUAGUCCGCUUUUAAUUGUAACCCAUAACUCCCCAAAGGGGCUUGGUUUUUUUUGUGUGUGCUUGUUAAAGGAAGCGGGUCAGAAGUGUUUUAGUCAGUUUAACGGGGUGCCUAGAUGGUUCUUUUGCAUUAUAGGUGGUAAGUAUUGGUAGAUUUGGCAGGAAGCCGAGCCCGAAGUCCCUUUGGUUGACCCUCCUCUUCCUGUUGCAGAUACGAUGGGCGUGGCCACUUGCACGACCUUUCCGAAUACGACGCCGAAUAUGCUACCUGGAACAGAGAUUACCAAUUGUCUGAAGAGGAAGCUCGAAUUGAAGCUCUCUGUGACGAAGAGAGAGGAAGAAUACAAGAGACUGAGUGAAGCUUUGGCUGAGGAUGGAUCCUAUAAUGCAGUGGGAUUUACCUACAGUAGUGAUUAUUAUGAUCCAUCAGAACCCACUGAGGAAGAAGAACAGCCAUUUAAGGCCAAAGUGGCCGCAGCCAAGGCAGAAAGCCUAGAAGAAAACGAAGAGCCGUUUAUCGCCCCUUCGGGAUUGAGCGUACCUUCCGAUGUGGAACUGCCCCCCACCGCCAAAAUGCACGCCAUCAUCGAACGGACGGCCAAUUUUGUCUGCAAGCAGGGAGCCCAGUUUGAGAUUAUGCUGAAGGCAAAACAGGCGCGCAACUCCCAGUUUGAUUUCCUGCGGUUUGAUCACUACCUCAAUCCUUACUACAAAUUUAUUCAGAAAGCCAUGAAAGAAGGGCGCUAUGCUACGGAGAAGAAAAAAGAAGAGGAAAAAAAUGCCGUGGAAUCUGGUGAUGACGAUGAUGAUGACAACGAAGGCAACUAUCUGCAUCCCAGCCUUUUCGCUUCUAAGAAACAGAAUAGGCUAGAAGAGCUGAUGAAGCCUCUCAAGGUCGUGGAUCCUGAUCACCCGUUGGCCGCCCUUGUUCGCAAAGCUCAAGCCGACAACCUCGCUGUUUCUCAGGCGAGUGAAGGAACAGCCGCUCCGUCGUCCCAAGUGGAAUAUUCUUCCGAUCCCAUGGCAGCCAUGUACUACAGUUACUACAUGUUGCCUGAUGGAACAUACUGCCUCGCCCCACCGCCACCAGGGAUUGACAUGGCUACUUACUAUAGCGCCCUGCCAGCUGGGGUGACGGUGUCAAGCACUACCGGCGUGGCCACGAUGACAGCGCCUCCGCCUCCCGGCACGACACCCCCACCCUCUUCAGAAGCAAGUGAAGACACAAGCGGUGCAUUGCCUGGCACAAGCACUUCAGCAAGCUCAAUUCCACCAGUGGUUGCCGUCAUCCCUCCACCUCCAGAUAUCCAGCCUGUAAUUGACAAGCUCGCCGAGUACGUUGCAAGAAAUGGGAUUAAAUUUGAGACCAGCGUUCGUGCCAAGAAUGAUCCGAGAUUUGAAUUUCUGCAGCCUUGGCAUCAAUACAAUGCCUACUACGAAUUUAAGAAACAGUUCUUCCUUCAGAAAGAGUCUAGCGACAGCUCAAAGCAGGUCGCCUCUUUAUCCGAGGACGUCGCUACCGAUGCUGCGUCCAGCGCGGCGCCUGGAGACACCCAGUUUCCCGGUGAGCAGAUUGCUGAAGAUGUCGAUUCAGCGGCUCAAGGAAGCAACGCGAAGGACUCGGCCGCCAUCAAAAUUGUCAACGAUGGCAAGCUUAUAAAAGUUUCCUUUGCCCCCAUCAGCUUUGCGAUUCGGGCCAAAGAAAACGACAUGCUUCCCUUGGAGAAGAACCGGGUGAAACUUGACGACGAUAGUGAUGAGGAGGAAGAGGAAGGCAAAGAGGGCCAGGAGAACGCCAGCGGCACCUCCAACAGUGCCAGCCUCCUUGCCCCCUCCAGCAGCGCUCCAGAAGAGAAGAAGCCUCAGCUGACCCAGGAAGAACUGGAAGCAAAGCAAGCAAAGCAGAAAUUAGAAGACCGGUUGGCAGCUGCAGCAAGAGAGAAAUUAGCCCAGGCUUCCAAAGAAUCGAAAGAGAAGCAGCUUCAAGCGGAACGAAAAAGAAAAGCCGCCCUCUUUUUGCAGAAUCUGAAGAAUCCCCUGGCAGACAUGGAAGUGGAAAAAAUGGAGGAAAGUGCCUUUAACAUCGAGACGGUCAGUAACAUCCCCUGCGCUCUGCUGACCGGCAUCCGGACGUUGCCGGCCCUAGAACCCAAGGUGCCCGAAAGGCCUACAAGCAGAUGCAGAGAGCUCCCCAGGGAAGAAGAGAAAGAGAAGAAGAAGAAGAAGCACAAGAAGAAGUCCAGAUCCCGCUCGCAGACCCCUCCUUUGAAAUACCACUCCUCUUCCAAAUCCAGAUCCCGAUCCCAUUCGAAAGCGAAGCACUCGCUUCCCACGGCGUACAGAACCGUCCGGCAUUCCAGGUCUCGCUCAAGAUCGCCGAGAAGACGGGCACACACCCCCGAAAGGCAUCGAGAAGAGAGGAGCGUUCCGACUGCCUAUCGUGUGAGCAAUAGCCCGGGCAUCAGCAGAAGACGCACCCAUUCCAGAAGCCCCCAUGAAAAGAAGAAGAGACGGUCGCAUUCCCACACGAAGUCCAAAGCUAGAUCCCACUCGCCUUCCAUCUCGCCGGGAAAGCCAUCCGCCCAUAAGAAUUCCAGUCACUCAGCCAGCAUCUCUCCUGUGGAGAGCCGAGGAUCCAGCCAAGAGCGUUCUGGGGGAGUUCCUUUGGAAAAAGAGGGCCAAAUCUCUUCUGCAAUUGUGUCGUCCGUUCAGAGUAAAAUCACUCAGGAUCUUAUGGCCAAGGUGAGGGCGAUGCUUGCAGCUUCUAAAAAUAUUUCAACCAGUGCCUCUUGAGACGGGAAAGAUGGAAGCUCCAGAAGGAACAAAAAGUCCUCCUUAGCUGGGAGGGGGGAAGAGUCCUCUUGCAACUGCUGCCCGAGUUGCAAAAACUUCCUUUGCAGAAAAACAGCCCUGGGAAGGGAGCUUUGUAAAUUAUAUUCUGAUUGGUUUCUCAGUAAGAAUUUUACAACAAGCGGUGCCUGUAUAUUUGUAAAUACGACAUUCCGGCGAGUGUUACCCAAAUAAAAAAUGCAGAGAAAUCCUUUUUAUUAGCUAAAGGCUUUUUGGAGAUUGGUUGUUA